CCCUCAUCAGCCCAGCUCAGCCAUAAAAGCAAGCCGACCUUUCCGUCAGACACUCAGAGGGACUUAACUCUCCUUUGAAGCGUGCGCAUCUUCAGUUCUCCACUUUCCCCCUUUGACCACCUCAACUACGCCAACAUGAUCUCGGGCAGGAAGUCUUACUCAAUUGCAGGAAGCAGUAGUGCCUCCAGGAGGUCCAUUGCAGGAAGUAGCGGCUAUGUCGUCAAGAGAUCCAGCUACAAUCUUGGUUCCUCUUCUGGUGGUUUUGGGGGUUAUGGCUUUGGUGGUAGUGCUGGAGGCCAAAGCAUGGGUUCCUUCAGCAGCGGCUCAAUGUUCGGUAGUGGGGGUGGUUCUUAUGGAGGAGGAAUGAUGGGCGCCAGCAUCAACCAAGUCACAGUCAACCAGAGUCUGCUGGCCCCCCUAAAACUGGAUAUUGACCCCAGCUUCCAGGCUGUUCGCACCCAGGAAAAGAACCAGAUCAUGACCCUCAACAACCGCUUCGCUUCCUUCAUUGACAAGGUUCGUUUCCUGGAGCAGCAGAACAAGAUGCUGGAAACCAAAUGGAGCCUCAUGCAGGACCAGACCACCACCCGCUCCAACAUUGACGCCAUGUUUGAGGCCUACAUCUCAAACCUGCGCAGGCAACUCGAUGGGCUGGGCAACGAGAAGGUCAAGCUGGAGGGAGAAUUGAAAAACAUGCAGCUCCAGGUGGAAGACUUCAAGAGAAAGUAUGAAGAUGAAAUCAACAAACGCACAGCGGCAGAGAAUGAGUUUGUGGUCUUGAAGAAGGAUGUUGAUGCUGCCUACAUGAACAAGGUGGAGUUGGAGGCCAGAUGCGAUGCUCUUCAGGAUGAGAUCAACUUCCUCAGAGCCAUCUAUGAGGCUGAGCUUCGGGAACUGCAGUCCCAGAUCAAGGACACCACUGUCGUUGUGGAGAUGGACAACAGCCGCAACCUGGAUAUGGAUGCUAUUGUGGCCGAAGUGCGCGCUCAGUAUGAGGAGAUUGCCAACCGCAACAAGGCUGAUGCGGAGGCCUGGUACAAACAGAAGUUCAUGGAGAUGCAGAGCUCUGCUGGCCAGUACGGCGAAAACCUUCAAUCAACCAAGGCUGAGAUUGCUGAGCUGAACCGCAUGAUUGCCCGUCUUCAGAACGAGAUUGAGUCCGUCAAGGCACAGAGGGCCUCCCUGGAGGCUCAGAUUGCAGAGGCUGAGGAGCGUGGCGAGUUGGCAGUGAAGGAUGCCAAUCUCCGCAUCAAGGACCUGGAGGAAGCCCUCCAGAAAGCCAAGCAGGACAUGGCCCGCCAGGUGCGUGAAUACCAGGAGCUGAUGAACGUCAAGAUGGCCCUGGACAUUGAAAUCGCCACCUACCGGAAACUGCUGGAAGGAGAGGAAAGCAGAAUUGCCGCUGGACCCUCCAGUGCAACAAUUCAUGUGCAACAGUCCUCAAGCGGAAUGUCCAGCAGCGGUGGAUUUGGUUACGGUGGCGGCAGCAGCGGCGGCAUGUCUGCUAGCUAUGGUGGCAGCAUGAGUGGAGGAUACGGUGGCAGCAUGAGUGGAGGAUACGGUGGCAGCAUGAGUGGAGGAUACGGUGGCACCAUCACCAAGUCGGUGUCCACAAGCAGUUCCGGCAGGAGAUUCCUUUAAGAAGGAGAGCAGUCCCUCUCUUUCUGAAAAUCUCAAAUUGACCCCAAGAUCUGUUAACUCAUUUACGGUGCUAUGCACAUACCCCAAUUGAGCAAGCAUACCAAUUCAAAGAAUUUGCCAAAUUAGAACCAUGAGUCACUGGGUCCAUUGCAACAGUCAUCAUCAUUUAAGAGUAUCUGAAAGUAAAUGUGGCCUUCAACAUGCGGCAGGUCAGUUGCAAAGCAAAUGUCAUAUUCCUGCACUGACUUUGGAAAAGAGAAGCAACGGAGGUAAGGGAUGUUGAAACAAUUUAAGGGAAACAUUUGUAUUUCUUCACACAAUCUGAUGCUCUGAAAGAGACAAGAAGUUCCAGUCCUUACUAGAAGGCUCCGAUUUUUAGAUUUGAGCGCCGACACCAGUAAAGAGAGCUGGAGACAAUCAAUAAGGAGGAAUUUUACAUGUUUACAAAUAUGAUACAGGAUUUAUGAAAUGAUUAGUGCCUCAAUCUUUCUUGGGCAAAUAAUUGCUCAUUUUUGUUGAGCAUUCCCUUGCCUUUAAUGCUUCAGUUGUGUUGAAACCAGAUUCAUUUUGGGUAAAUCCUCUUAGCAACAUGAUUGAUGACAGUUGCAACAAAUAAGAUCGCCAAUAAAUCUGAGCAUCUCA